ACGAAACAAACCAUUCUCUCUUUUUUCUUUUUAAGAGAGACAGAAAAUACAAAAAAAUGCCAACGUCGGUACAGUUUCAUCAAAGAUCUUCCUCCGCUACAGAAACAGCCAACAACCACCACAAACAACUUCAGAAAGUGAGCCUCACGAGAGGCAUGCCUGAUGUACCUGAGCACGUGGAGAUUCUCCACACGCACGUGGUUGGUCCUUCUCAGUGCUUCUCCGUCGUGGUGCAAGACGUGGAUGCUACUGUUUCCGCCGUAUGGUCUAUCCUCAGCCGCUUUGAAUACCCUCAAGCGUACAAACACUUCCUUAGGAGCUGUCACGUGGCUGUUGGAGACGGCCGAGAGGUUGGGUCCGUGAGAGAGGUCCGUGUUGUCUCUGGUCUCCCCGCUGCGUUCAGCUUAGAGAGGCUAGAGAUAAUGGACGAUGAUCGCCAUGUCAUCAGUUUCAGAGUUGUUGGUGGGGUUCACAGGCUUCAGAACUACAGGUCGGUGACGACGGUGCACGAGUGUUCAUCGUCGGAGGAUGGUAAAAAGAGGGCACGUGUCGUGGAGUCAUACGUCGUUGACGUACCGGAAGGUAACGAUAAGGAAGAGACUUGCAGCUUUGCAGAUACUAUUGUACGUUGCAACUUGCAAUCGUUGGCUAAACUCGCAGAGAAAUUAUCGUAAUUACAUUUGUUUUUAUUUAUUUUAUUUUCUAUUUUCUUUAUUUCAAUUUUUCUUUUUAGAUUUCUAGAGGUGGGUUUGAGUUCUAGAUUAUUUAACUUACUAUAGUUGGGGAGUUUUCGAAACUACAAAAUAGUGGUUUUGGUUUUUCGAAGUUAUGGUUUAGGGUUUGUUAAAUGUUCGUAUACUUUAGUUUACCCUUAAUGCCAUUUCUUCUUGUUGAACUCUUUUGUAUAGUCUCUUGUAUCUUUAUAAUAAACAAAACACUGAUUGUUUAGGUUUUUUUUUUUAAUUGAUUGUUUAGUUUUUUUUCUUAAUAAUUUUCUUGCCCAGUUACUUUAAAUAUUAUUCUUUCUUAAUA